AUGUCUUCUCCAAUUCUAGUCCAGCUUGCUCGGAGCCUCGUCCAUAAACUGGCCUCAGAGCUGAAGCCAGAAUAUGGAAUGAGUUCCAUGGCGGUGUCAAUAUAUGAUACCGCAUGGGUUGCUAUGAUCGAGAAGAAUACAGAAAAUGGGCCCCAAUGGCUUUUCCCAGAAUGCUUUGAGUACCUUCUUCAUCAUCAAAACCAGGACGGCGGUUGGGACCCCCUCGAACAAUCUACCCGGGCAGCCAAAUACCCGGACAACAUAUGGGUUCAGGACUGCAUUAUUCAUUCUUUGGCAGCAUUUCUUGCCUUAUGUCGACAUUUCCGAAGAAAUUUGCACUGUGUGGCCAGUGAGAUUCCUGACGAUGCUCUGUCCCGGUUGUUCCGUGCAAAGGCGUUUCUAGACUCCAUGCUCCAACGAUGGCAGCCUGACGAGGGUAUACACUUUUCAUGUGAACUGAACGUUCCUGUUCUUUUAAAUCUUCUACAGAAAGAAGGAGUUAAUUUCGAGUUUCCUGCGAAAGAUAUCUUGCUAAAUCUUUAUUGCAAGUCAUCUAAUGUGGAUAUCAGUUGGCUUUAUAACGGUCCUUGCCAAGUUCCACUUUUCUCCCUGGAGGGAUUUUUGGAAAAUCUCGACUUUAGCCAACUCGAGUGUUUGGUCACCACUGCGGGUGUAACAGGGUCACCAGCUUCUGCCGCCGCGUAUUUGAUCCAUUGCCCUGUAUGGAGUGACAAGUGUGAGGCUUAUUUGAGACAUAUAAUUCUACAUGGCCAAGGCCAAAGCUGUGGCGCCGUCUGUGGAGUUUUUCCUUUGGAGGUAUUUGAGCCAUGCUCGGUUCUGUCGGCUUUGCUCGAGAAUGGGUUCACAAUAGAUAACAUAGGCAGGGAACAAGUAAAUAGCAUACUUGAAGGUGUCUACAGCAGCAUGCAAGACGGUGUCACCGGUGCCACCCAUGCCUUUUUCCCGGACGCUUUUGACACAUCGAGGGCACUUACGAUACUGAACAUGCAUGGUUACCAGGCCAGCCCGGCUAAAAUGCUGAAAAAGUUUGAAGUCGACGAUAGUGUUCAAACGUUUGAUGAACGACUUCCAACCAGGGUAACAUCUAUUAGUGUAAAUUGCAACGUGCUCAACUCAAUUCUGCGAAGCCCGCACCCCAGCAUGUUCACCUCUCAAAUAACGAAAAUUGUGAGGUUCAUUUGUGGAAGGUGGGAUCCAGAGGGGCAUUUCGUCGAUCAUUGGAACAUAUCCGAGUACUAUGGCCUUAUGCACACGGCACAGUCGCUAGUUCCAAUGAUGGUUCUUUGGGACAAAGGCGGUUUGCCAUCUUUGCCAGAAGACAUCGCUGGAAGCAUGGUGACGACGUGUCUACAAGGGGUAUUAGAACGGAUCCUAACCCGGCAAAAUCCUGAUGGCUCUUGGGGACAAAUACGUUCAAGAGAAGAGACUGCAUAUGCAGUUAUAGGCCUUGCAAAUCUAGGAUCACAUGCCGCCAUUGUUAGUGACUUUAGCCGUGUUGAAUUGGCUAUUGCACGGGGAAAGCAGUUUUUGCUGGAGAAUUGGCAGCUGGGCGACAACCCUGACCGAAUCUGGACAGGAAAAGUCUUACACGGGAUUUCAUAUGUUCAGGAUGCAUAUGUACUUGCUGCUUUAAAAGUUAGCCGAGCGAACUUAGCUGGUACGAGAGGGUUUAAUUAG